AUGGGCUGCAUCGGCUCCCGGACCGUGGGAAAUGAGGUGAUCGCCGUGGACUGGAAGGGCCUGAAGGAUGUGGACCAAAUCAACAUGGACAGCACCAGCUCGCUACAUGGGAGCAGCCUUCACCGGCCAUCCACGGAGCAAACCCGGACAGACUUCUCCUGGGAUGGCAUCAAUCUCUCCAUGGAGGACACCACUUCCAUCCUUCCGAAGCUUAAGCGAAACUCGAAUGCCUAUGGCAUUGGGGCCCUGGCCAAGUCAUCGUUCUCAGGGAUUUCGAGAAGCAUGAAGGAUCACGUGACAAAGCCCACAGCCAUGGGGCAGGGCCGGGUGGCCCACAUGAUUGAGUGGCAGGGCUGGGGGAAGACACCAGCCAUUCAGCCGCAGCAUAGCCACGAGGCUGUCCGCAGGGACACAGACGCCUACUCCGACCUCAGCGACGGCGAGAAGGAGGCCCGUUUCCUUGCAGGUGUCAUGGAACAGUUUGCCAUCUCCGAGGCUACUCUCAUGGCCUGGUCUUCCAUGGACGGUGAGGACAUGAGUGUCAACUCCACCCAGGAAACACUGGGCUGCAACUACAGUGACAACUACCAGGAGCUGAUGGAGAGUCAGGAUGCCCUCGCUCAAGCCCCGAUGGAUGGCUGGCCUCAUUCCUAUGUGUCCCAGGGCAUGUACUGUCUGGGGUCAUCAGAUGCCUGGGAAGCGAGCGACCAGUCCCUCAUUGCCUCUCCGGCCACGGGAUCCUAUCUCGGGCCUGCGUUUGAUGACUCACAGCCUAGCCUGCAUGAAAUGGGACCUUCCCAACCUGCUUCAGGAUACUCUGCUCAGGAGCCGUCUUCCUUGCUAGGGGGAGACACUGACUGGGCUCCAGGGGUGGGCGGGGUGGACCUGGCAAGAGGCCCCGUGGAGGAGGAGAAGAGGCCACUGGCCCCCGAGGAGGAAGAGGAUGCGGGAUGCCGGGACCUGGAGUCCCUGUCACCGCGCGAGGACCCCGAGAUGUCCACCGCUCUCAGCCGGAAGGUGUCUGACGUCACAUCCUCAGGCGUGCAGUCCUUUGAUGAGGAGGAAGGCGAGGCCAACAACUAG